AUGACUAUUACUACAAUUCCAGUCUGGCUAGAUUGUGAUCCAGGUCAUGAUGAUGCAGUUGCUUUAUUAUUAGCUUGUUUCCAUCCAGCUUUUGACUUAAGAGGUGUCAGUGCCUGUUACGGGAACGCAUCUCCUGAUCAUACAGAUUAUAACGCUCGUUCACUAUUAACAGCUAUGGGGAAAUCAGGUAAAAUCCCAAUAUAUAGAGGUGCUCAAAGACCAUGGGUACGGUCUCCUCAUUAUGCACCUGAUAUACAUGGAGAAUCGGGAUUAGAUGGAACAGAUCUAUUACCAAUACCAACUUGUGAAGAUAUCACUGAUAUAGAUUAUGUUGAAGCCAUUAAAAAGGAAAUAGAAUUAAAUGAUGGCCAAUUAACAGUACUCUCAACAGGUGCUAUGACUAGUAUUGCUAAUGUAAUGAAAUUACAUCCUGAAUUAAGAUCGAAAAUUAGAUACAUUAGUAUUAUGGGUGGAGGGAUUGGUAUUGGGAAUGUUAAUCGAAAUUUAAGUGCAGAAUUUAAUGCAUGGAUAGAUCCACAUGCUGCAAAUUUUUUAUUUCAUGAUCCUUUGUUAAAAUCAAAAAUUAUUUUAUGUCCAUUAAAUUUAACUCAUACAGCAAUAGCGAAACAAAAUAUUAUUGACAAAAUUAUUGAAAAGGGUUCGAAUGAUCAUCCAUCAAAUCUUAGAAAAAUGUUCUAUGGUUUAUUUCAAUUUUUUCAAAAAACGUAUAAAGAUCAUCAAGGGUUUAAAGAUGGACCACCAAUUCAUGAUCCAAUGACUCUAUAUCCAUUAUUUACAUUGUAUGGGUGGGAAUCAAAUGAUGUAGUACAGUUUCAAUAUAAGAGAUUUGACUUGGAUGUUAUUGAUGAUCUUGAUAAUCCAGACGUAGGGAAAGUUAUUGUCAAAGAAACUUAUCCACUAGAUGAAAUAAAUCCAAGAGGUACAAUGGUUGGGUUUAAGAUAAAUAUAGAUUUCUAUUGGGAUCAAUUCUUCUUCUGUCUGGCUGAGGCUGAAAGGCAUUCUACUAUAGAGACAUAA